AUCAACACCAUGAAUGUGAACCCUCGGAUCUCCUUCCCGCCAGAAGUGGACUUUGUCCUCAUCAGUACCUUGAUCAGGGAGACCUGCAAGGUGGCCUUUGCCAUGCAGACUCUGGAGCCCCCGCUGGACUUGGCCUUUGCCAGUGAUGGAGAACUUUACAAUGACAACAAGUAUCGUCGUAGCUAUGACUCAGAGUUCGCUGCUCCUCUGGUGAUGUACCACGUGUGGCCGGCCUUGAUGGAAGGAAAUGCUGUAAUAGUGAAGGGCGAGGCUGUGACCAGAAGAGGUGCUCUGUGGAGCAGAAGCCGCAGCCAGAGCAGGAGUUCCAGCCCCGUGCGCUCUCGCUCUCUCAGCCCGACUCGCAGUCUUGCAUUUAACAGCAAAAGAAGCUUGUCUCCUCAACGUCUCACAGCUAGCUACCUGUGAACCCUGCAGAAUCCACACCAGUGCUUCACCUCCACAAAAUAAUGUCUCACAUAUUUUGAAUUCUGAUUUCACCUGUGGGGUUGUACCGUUGUCUGCUUUCACCAAAUAAUAAAGCAAUGAAAUACUGUACUGUACUCAACCAAAGGCUGUGCAGAGUUUACAUGGUCACAGGGCAGUUUUAUGGGACACUGACAGCAACAAGAGGUCAGUACAUCGUAGAUGAAGCAGAACGGCCUGGCAGCUAACUCAACAGUUAUCUUAGUUUACUAUAUUUAGUCUGUUAAUAGGUUUUUGAUAGAAACUAACAGUGUUUUAGUGAGAAUCAGAAAAGUACAUUUAUCAGGUGAAAACUAGACCUGCACAGUAGCACUUUUCUUAGUCUGAGCUCAAUACAGCAAUAAUUCAAAAUGUAGUCGCCUCUUUACUUUCAACAGAAGUCAACGUCCAUGUAGCUGCAGGACAGAUAGCGUGGUGCUAAUUAUCAGUGCUAACUUCAACUCCUCCAGUACUUGAGUGACUGAAAUUGGUCAUUGUGAUUUUUUUGUGUUAACGGUUGCUGUUUUUUUCUUCUUAUUUUAAUGUUUUUGGUGCUGUUGUUGAGAACUUACAUGAAAUGACCUCGUGAGGCUUCAGACCUUUCCAUGAUAGCCUGUUUAUAAUAGGCCAUAUAUAUAAUAACUAGUAGUUAUCGUAGUAGUAUAAUAUAGUAGUUUGUCACUGUGUGCAGUAGCUCGUUAUUUUGCAGCAAUUUAUGGACAAUAUUGUAUUUAUUAUUUUCUCAUUUACAAUUCAUGUUUUGCAUAUCAACAGUCACAUUAUCAUAUCUGAUGCUACUGUACUUCAUUUGCCUUUUAAUGGCUUGACUAGAAAAAAGAAUAAAUUUGACUAUGAUUUAAUUUGUGUUGUGAGAUGAAAAUAUUCGGUGUCUGUACUUCUGUGGUUGUUUUUUUUUUUUUAAAUAAAUGAUAAACCUUUA